AAAAAGAGGAAACUUACACCAAUUGGCAGGCUUACGGUAGUUUAGUCACUUUUACUACCAUUAUUCACACACCUUUUCAUUAGUUUACCUAAUCCAACAAAGGAUUUUGUUAAAGAGCUAAACAAUUUAUUUUUUGAGUUCGUGUGGAAUGGAAAAGCAAAAAUUAAGAGUAACAUUUUCAAAAAAGAUUUUCCAGAAGGUGGUAUUAAUAUGAUUGAUAUUACAAGUUAUAUUUAUAGCUUAAAAUUAAAAUGGAUAAAAAAAUGUAUAUUGAAUGAUAGUAGUAAAUGUUUCAAACUAAUGUCUGUAUUAUUUGAUGUCAAUAAAAUGUUGAAUUUUGGUAAGAAAUUUUGUGAAAUUAUUUGUCAAAAGAUGUCAAACACAUUCUGGAAAGAUGUAAUAAAUGCAUAUAUGUUAUAUAUAGAUAGGUUUUGCAUAGACAAUGUUAAUCAAUUUAUGCAUAUGCCAUUAUUUUAUAACCACAAUUUUGUUAAUGGAAACUAUGUAUUUAUUCAUACCCUAUACAAUAAGGGAUUUCGUUGUGUAAAAGAUGUUUUUGAUGCCAAUGGAAAUCUGUAUAGCCUAUUGGAAAUUGAAAAAAUUCAUCAUAAAUGGCUGUUACAAUAUGAAAAUGUCAGUAUUAAUUGGAAAAAUGUCUAUAGCUGUGUAUUUAAGUGUACAAAGGAUUCUUACAUUCAAUGGUUACAAUUAAGAGUUCUUCAUAGAAUAUUACCAACAAACUCAUUAUUAUAUAAAAUGAAGGUAGUUGAAAAUGAUAAUUGCUCCUUUUGUGAAUGCUGUAAAGAAACUCUUUUACAUCUAUUUUGGGAUUGUAAUAAAAUACAGCCGGUAUUGCAGGAUAUGCUACAAAAAUUGAAUACAAAUGACUCAAGUAUUGUCAUAAACAGUAUGUAUGUAUUGUUAGGUUCUGGGAAUAAUAAGUUUAAAUUUGAUAUACUUUUAUUAGAAUAUAAGAAAUUUAUUUUUUUGUGUAAAAGAAAAAAGUGUGUUCCAACAGUAAUUGGUUUCAGAAAUAGCCUUCAGUUAGCAUGGAACAUUUUUUAAAAAUACAAAUAUCUCAGAUAAAUUUAAAAGUAAUUGGGCAAUUGUAAGAAAUUUGUUUUUGUAGCUACACUUUUUCAAAAGUUGUUUGUUCAUUUCGAUACAAUGUUUUAUUCAUUUGUACAAUUAGAUCAUUAACAUGCAUGUUUUGUGAUUUUUUUCUUUUCCUUCCUUUUUUUCCCCAGUAUUUUUUUUGGUUUAGAUUGGUUCUACAUUCAUAGUAUCUCAAUUACUAUUCAUAAAUAACAUAACUGCAUUCUUAUAGCAUGCUUGUAAAUUGGUAUUAUGUAAUGUCAUACUAUGCUAUGUAAAAUGCAUAUUGU